UGCAAAUAUGAUGAUGAUGUCUCUGAACAGCAAGCAGGCAUUCAGCAUGCCUCACACCAGCUUGCCCGAACCCAAGUAUUCCAGCUUGCAUUCUUCUUCGUCGUCUGCUUUGACUUCAAGUGCACCUUCCUCAUCUUCUACUUCUAGACACUGCACUACUAUCAGCAGCAGCAGCUCGGAAGCGAUGCGCCGAGCCUGUCUCCCAACCCCACCGAGCAAUAUAUUUGGAGGUUUGGAUGAGAGUUUACUGGCCCGAGCUGAAGCUUUGGCUGCUGUGGAUAUAGUCUCUCAUCAGACCAAGAGCCACCAUCACCCUGUUCAUCAUAGUCCUUAUAAGCCAGACGCUACCUAUCACACCAUGAACACUAUCCCUUGUACCUCCUCGGCUUCUUCUUCCUCCUCCGUACCUAUUUCCCACCCAUCUCACCACCACCACCACCAUCAUCACCACCACCACCAACCCCACCAAGCCAUGGAAGGGGACCUUCUCGAUCACAUCACUCCAGGGCUGGCUCUUGGGGCAAUGGCAGGGAUGGAUGGAUCUGUUGUCUCGACGCCAGCCCACCCUGGCCAUAUGGCAGGCAUGAACCCCAUGCACCAGGCAGCUAUCAACAUGGCCCAUGCCCACGGGCUAUCUCAUAUGGGCUGCAUGAGCGAAGUUGAAGCCGAUCCCAGAGACCUGGAAGCCUUUGCGGAGAGAUUCAAGCAGAGAAGGAUCAAGCUCGGGGUGACCCAAGCGGAUGUAGGGUCAGCCUUGGCCAACCUGAAGAUUCCAGGUGUGGGAUCCCUGAGCCAAAGCACCAUCUGCCGAUUCGAGUCCCUCACGCUGUCUCACAACAACAUGAUCGCCCUGAAACCGAUUUUGCAAGCCUGGCUGGAGGAGGCAGAAAAAUCGCACAGGGAUAAAAUGAACAAGCCCGAGCUCUUCAACGGGGCAGAGAAGAAGAGGAAGCGCACCUCCAUAGCUGCCCCAGAGAAGAGGUCUUUGGAGGCUUACUUCGCCAUUCAACCUCGUCCUUCCUCUGAGAAAAUUGCAGCCAUUGCAGAAAAGCUAGAUCUGAAAAAGAAUGUGGUCCGGGUCUGGUUUUGUAACCAGAGGCAGAAACAAAAAAGGAUGAAAUACUCUGCGUGCAUCUAG